AACAGCUUCGCCAGCGAUGGAUUCUCCAGCACGGUGGUCCGUAUGGCUUGAUGAGGGUAGCUGCCGUUAAUGAUGUUUGUAGAGGUGAAUUUUACAUAUCAUAAUGUGUCACGUAAGGUAGUGUUUCGGUUACGUUAAGCCCAUUGUCCAAAUGAAAGCAGCAGCAGUUAGUCAGGCUACCUACGCUAGUGGGUUACGCGCAGUGUAACCAAGGAAACACAAACGUAGCGUUAAAUAACAGACUGAUGAUGGUUCGGUCCAUUAGCAGUAUGCAAUCAUAUAUCUCUUUCAUAUAGUCUAUGUAUACCUUUUACAGUGACUGUUUGAUGAUGGUCACACAAUGGCAAAAACACGACCCAGUUCCUCCGAGUCUCUGACUGAGUCCCCUGAAAGCAUGGGAAGCACUGACAGGGGUGUGGAUGCAUCCCCUCCCUGUGGUUCCAAUGUGCUGAGUCCCUCAAAAACAGGAUAUUCUAAGAGGGAUUUUAUGAUGAUGCUUCCAGAGGAAAAGCUCAAACACUUUGACGGCCGAGCUCAGGCCCACGAAGACAACCAAGAGGACCUGGUACGUUGUGUGGCUCUGACUAGGCUGGUAUAUGGGGACGGACAUCUGAAACUAGCCCAGGCCCAUGUCAGACUGGCAAAAGCAUAUUUCCAGCUCAAAGGCUGGGGACUGCAGGCCCAGGAGCACUCUGCCCAGGCCAGAGAGCUGCUGUCUGUCUGCUCCUCCAUCUCCUCCGGCAGAGGUGAAAAGCAUGAAUUUCUAACAUGUCUCCUGAGCGUACACCUCACACAGGGAGGUGCUUCACUGCUUACAGCCAAUCUUGAGGAGGCAGAAUCGUCUUUUCUGGAGGCAGAACAUGUUCUUAAGGAGCUUCCUCAACAUGUUGCCAUCAACCAGGAGGAGAUGAUAAAGACUGAGCUGGAAAUCUCCACUGGCCUAUGCAGGAUCUAUAAGAGACAGAGCAGGCCAGACAAAGCUUUAAGCCAGUGUGAGAGGUCUCUGCAGCUGCUGAAGGACUGUGAUAAGUCAGAGAAGACCUGCUCCGUCUAUAGGGACAUGGCCGCCAUUGAACAGGACAGAGGUCAUUUGGACCGAGCCAUAGAGCAUCUCUCCAAGGCUCAUGCCAUUUCUAUGAGCCACAGCCCGGAGGAGCUCGAGGGGGCUCAGAUCUCCCACAGCCUGGCCCUCAUCCUCUCUGCUGCAGCAGAACCCCAUCACAAUGACUCUGCAGAUCAAUACUUUGAGCAGAGUCUUAGGGCAUAUAAGAACUCUGUAGGUCCACAGGAUCCAGCCUUCCUCACUGCCCAGGAUGAUUUCUGUCGUUUCCUCCUCCUCAAUGGCCAGCAAGAGAGAUGUGUGGAGAUUCAGAGAGCAUCACUUAUUUUGAAGAGAUCUACAUUUGGUGACCUGAGUGCUGAGGUAGCAGACACCCUUCAGCUGAUAGGAAGUGUGGAGAUGACUGAGGGCAGGAUGAUACAGGCCCACAGGACUAUGACAAAGUGCCUGGAAAUCCAGAAUUGGAUGUAUGGGCCUCAGCACAAGAAGACAAAAGCUACACAAAAAGCUGUGGACAUGCUGGCUCGGGCACCGGCAGUGGCUGAGAGGCUACAGAGACAAGUUUGCAGUACAUCUGGGCAUAGCCAGAGGAUCCAGUGUCAUAAUUUUGGAGCAAACGGGGAAGAACAGUGGAUACAGAGACAAAGAUGUGUGCGGUUUCUGUCCUGCAAAUCACUGCUGCAUGGAAGGAGGACCAGAGAAACUCUGCUCGGUCAUUAACAUGAAGGCUGUUUCCAAACAGUUCAAAGAAGCAGGGGUGGAUGUCAUUUAUUCAAGAGAUGCUGGCAGGUACCUGUGUGACUUUGCUUAUUACUGCUCACUGUAUCACGGGCAGGGGAGGGCAGCCCUCAUCCACAUACCCACAUCUGGCAGCCUGGCCUCUGCUGACAGUGUGGUACCUCUGCUGCAGACCCUCAUUCAGACCAUGCUCGACCAGCUAGGCGACCCUUCAGAAACAGCAUGAGGAGAUGAUGACAGCUUAUUCCUCAAGCCAGCAGUCACACUCAGCUGUCAUUUCAGUGCGGUAGUUGUGACCCUCCUCCACCCCUUUCGCCUCCAGUCUUCAAAUUGAGGCGGAUUGCUGCAACUUCCUCCACUUCAUCCACCUCCAAUGUUCAUAUCCUGUCAGGCCGAGCUCAUCAUCACCCUCAUCACAUCCAGAUCUCCAGCUUCUCGUCCUCCUAUCUUCAAGCCCACGCAGUGUCUGGCUCCCUGGGGGUUUUUUCCUAUACUUCGCAUAGCCUCUCCCCCUUAUCACAUAAUGACCGCACGAUGGGGUCUAAUCGCCAAAGGCUCUCACAUCUCACUUUUCCUAUCUUGUUUUGCA